AUUUUGUUUUCUUUCCAUCUCGUUCGAUUGAUGUGUUCCGUGAUUUUUAUUACAUAUUAUAAGUUUUGUCUGAAAACAAACUUCCUUAACUUUUUUCGUGACAUCAACCUCUAAAAAAUCAUGCCACAAGAAAUUAAAGAAAUCAAAGAUUUCCUCCUGAAGGCCAGAAGGAAGGAUGCCAAAUCUGUCAAGAUUAAGAAGAACAUUGAAAAUGUUAAAUUCAAGGUUCGUUGUUCUCGUUUCCUUUACACCUUAGUAAUCACAGACAAGGAAAAGGCAGAGAAACUUAAACAAUCAUUGCCACCUGGUCUUCAAGUAAAGGAGAUCAAAUGUAAAAAAAUGAACACUGACGAUAAAGAGAAAAAAUGAUAAGGUUGCUGUGGAUUAACGUUUAUAUAAAAUAUAAUUAACUUUAUUACAUGUAAA